UUUUGUAGUAGUAGAUUUUCAGUAGGUUUUAGAAAAUUAAUAUUGUGCUAUUUGCACUUGAAUUAUGUUAAGCUAGUAUAGUGUGAAUGGGUUUGUUCAAACGAUAAAUGUCUUUAUUUUGUUCCAUAGAAUAGACCCUUUAAAAUUAGUUAUUACGAACCACGUCAUGCAAUUUUGCGACAUGGUUAUCAAAUAUUUCGCAAAUCUUAAGCGCCCGGAUUCCGACGAUCGUUAUCUUACUACCGAGGAGUGGAAUUUAAUAUCAAGGGCGAGAUCCCAGAAGGAGGCCCAGGCCGCCGUGGCGGUACUGAAACCGAAACGGUUCAAAUCGUCUCAUUCAAAGUCUUCUAAAAAGGCAAAAGUUGCCAUGUCUGUUUGUACGGCAAACCGAAGAUAUAGCGAACAAUUUAUGCUACCGAAUAAUAUGAAAAGGAGAGUGUCACAGGCUAGAUCUAUUAACAAGCCACCGUCGACCAGGAGGUCUUCUUUGCCGGUGGCUGCUACUGACGACGUCAACAAUAACAACUAUGCUGCUGUUAUCCGCCCCCAUUCCCACCCGGACAUAAAUCAAACGGCAGAGUAUCAUGCUCAUAGGAUAUGUUCCCAUGUUGCCAGCCUGGCUUCAUCCCUCGAGAAAGAUACAUAUUUUGCCGCAGAAGGUGUGUCGGCGUCAUGGAACGCCGCCACCCGGUCGUUCACCGUGCAACUUCAUAAAGAUUUCCCUGCGGACGGCAGGACUACAAACGGUGACUUGUUUCAAGGCGACAGGCCCUGCUUAAACGGAUGUAUAAAGCACUGUUACUGUUAUGAGCCAGCUUGUGCUCGGUCGAUCACCAAUCACCAAGAUGACAUGAUGACAACUGACCCAGAAGAGGAACCAAGACCAGCGUCUCCGAAUUACGCAGCAAUUAAGCAAAAUCACAAACCCAGCACAAAAUAUCAACUCAACCCCAAUUGCAAAGUUAUGGGAAUGGUCUCAGGUAUAAACAAAAAAGCAAACAAACAUCGUGAAAAUAUUCUCAAGUUCAAAACAAUACCGACAUUUGGUGUUGUCGUCAACAACGAAAGCGCGCUCGCAAAGGAACUCGAUGGUGUGGACGUUUGGGGUGGCAUCAACCUUUUCAAAGUUUCUGAAAUGACAAACGGACGACCUCUAUCUGCUACUUUAUACAAUAUUUUGCAGAAACGCGACAUGUUGAACAAAUAUAAAAUUUCUCCGCAAAAAUGUUUAGCAUACGUAAUGACACUCGAAGACCAUUAUCGUAAAGUUCCAUUCCACAACAAUAUUCACGCUGCCGACGUUUUGCAGUCUGUGCACGUUCUAUUGUCGUCUGCUGCCCUCGACAGCGUCUUUACUGAAAUCGAAAUCCUGGCGGCACUGUUUGCAGGCGCUAUGCAUGACGUUGACCAUCCCGGUCUCAAUAAUCAAUUUCAUUGUGCUACAAGAAGCGAACUGGCAAUCAUGUAUAACGACGAAUCGGUUUUGGAAAAUCAUCAUUUGGCUGUUGGUUUCAAACUCAUGCAGCAAAAAGAUUGCGACUUAUUCGAAAACUUGACUAGAAAACAAUGGCAGAGUUUUAGAAAGACUGUUAUUGACAUGGUACUCGCAACCGACAUGUCAAAACACAUGCAACUAUUGGCUAAUUUGAAGACAAUGGUGGAAACGAAGAAAGUAGCUACAUCCGGUGUACUCAUGCUUGAUAACUACACCGACCGAAUCCAAGUAUUGCAAAAUAUGAUUCAUUGCGCCGAUUUGAGCAAUCCUACCAAACCACUAGAACUAUACAGAGGAUGGACAGACCGAGUUAUGAACGAAUAUUGGCUUCAAGGAGACGUGGAAAGAGAUCGUGGACUCGAAAUCAGUCCCAUGUGUGACAGACACACUGCUUCCGUGGAGCGCUCUCAGGUCAUUUUCAUCGACUACAUUGCUUACCCACUUUGGGAAACGUGGGCGGAUUUGGUUAAUCCAAAUGCUCAGGAAAUUGUCGAUCAAUUGGUUUCGAACAGAGAAUGGUAUAGCCAGCAAAUGCCUGGAAGUCCCUCUCCAGUUCCCGAAGACGGCGCUGAAAGUGCGGACAUAUCUGACGACAGUCACACCGCUGAAGCAAGUCAAGAUGAAAGUUCUUGCUGCGAUUCUGGGACAACUCAACCUCAGUCCAAUAAUUCUCCGGCUGCAAAGUUUCAAUUUCAACUUUCAAUGGACGACGACAAGUCUUCGACAAAAUCUGACCAAUCACAAAGCAGUGGCAGGAUACCUUGUAUAACUACAGAAGAUGCUGAUGGGGACAAAUCUGCUGUAAAACGAGAGAGCUCUCCGUGAUGAGGCUGCUCUCUUCAAAAUGGACGACAUUAUCUGUCACCUAAAUGAUCUAAAACAGGCUCUGUUGGAGUCAAUGGGUGCCUUGCGAGCUAGGUGCUCAAUGCGGAGGCCAGUAGACUCUGAAGUAUGAAGGAGCCGAAAGGCAAGUGGAUUGUAAACGGUACCAUGAAAACUUAGUACUGCGCUCUCCGCAUUACGCAAAAACGGAGUGCUUUACAGCACGGUUGCCUUUGAGACGAUACAAAUUUAAAACAUUACCGCAAGACUUCAAGACCGUUUGUCAACUGACAUUAUUGUUAUUAAUAUUAUCAUCAUUAUUUUUACCAUCGCAAUAGCCUUGACAGAAUUUUGUCAUCGAAUCAUGAUUGGCCGUGUGUUGAUCUAAUGUACCACCUAAUGUGGUCCGAUGAUAGACAUCCUUCUGGCCAUUGAGACAAGUUACUGCUGUCGCACUGUAUACUAUUAUAUUAUUAUACUAUACGAUUUACUAUUAUUAGACUAGAUAAAAUGAGUGAGACUAUUUCGCAAUAUUCGGCGCCUAUUGCGCAACAUUUAGCUCCUAUUGCGCGUCGCUCUAUUUUACUAUUUAUUGCUUUCUAUAAUAUUGUAAUAUAUUGAAGAUUCAGUUAUUUUUGUUUUUAUUUUUUGAUUACAAAAGUAAUAUUCGAUUUGCACGUCAUUGCUUUCGAUAUUUUACAAAUCGUGUAUCGAUUCCCCUACCUGAUUUUAGAACGAUUAAACAAUGGAAAUAUUUGGGGCCAAUAAUUGCCGUUUGCAAAACAUGGAAUCGUGUUAUUGUGUUGGGCCGUAUGAAUGAAUGCUACUACUAUUUUGAAUGUAAUAUUGCCUGUAAUAAACUACGAAAUUUUCUUAUUGACGAUACUGCGAAUUUCAUUGCCCACUCAUUCACGGAUAGUGAACAAAAUUAGUUUAGCAUUACUGUAUCACAUCAUUUGUUUAUGAUAACACUGUUUUUCUGCUGCUCAUUAUUGCCGAGUAUAACAUUAACUUCAAUAAUUAUACGACGAGUAGGGUACGUGCAUGUAGUACUUUUUUGCUAUAUGUAUGUCGAUAAAUAUCCGACUACCUAGGUAAUGUUAAAUAGGAUUUCCACGGUGGUAUCCGAAAAAUUAAGGAUGUGUAUUACAUUUAUCUUAAGAUUGGUAAAAUGUUAAUCAAUAGCUCAUUUACAUUUUGUUUUUUUGUUGUUUUUGAGGACGUGAUAUUCCUUUUUUAUCUUGCGAACCCCACUGUUUAAUGAUAUAGAUGACAUAUCAUUAUUGGCCUGUUAUUUAUUUAUAAGCUGUUGCUAAUGCUAUAAGGUUACGAAUUGUAUGAUAACUAUAGAACAAGUAAUUCCAUUUCAGGAUAACGUCAAAUAUUGGUUAGCAAAAUUGUUUUUUAUUAGGUUCCUCCAGUCCCUCUAUUAAGAUCUUUUUCUGAAAAAGCAGAGAGGUCUUAUGGUUCUAUUUCGUUACUAUUUGUUCGAUCUUUUCUCGUUUUCCCUUUAUCGUUCGUUCUUUUAUUUUAUUCGUUUGAUUUCUUUUAUUUUUUGUUAUGCAGUUGUUAACAUGAUCUUCAUGGAAGUUGCCUAGUCGAAUAGGGAGGUACCUUGUCAUUGUGAGCUGAUGAACGCAUGCAAGAAUAUAUUAUACUUGCUUAUAUUUGAUAGCCACAAUGACAAAUUGUUGUUAUUCGACUGGGCAUAUAUUUCAGCAUUGGAACUGAAUUAUAAAUUGUGAUAUACAAUGAAAUAUUUCUGGUG